CACAAAUCAGUGCGCAAGGCGGAGAGCCAGUGGCCCCAGAAUUGGGCGCGGCCCCAUGCAUGGGGCCAGAAGUGGCUGCGGCGGCCCCGGAAAUGGCUGCAAAAUCCGGGCCGAAUGAUGCGAAUUUGGCCCCAGGGAGGCGCGCGGCCCCGAAAAAACAUGGGCCUAAACUGAAGAAGCGGGCCCGCGCCAUGCGGAAAGCUCGCCGCGUGGCCAAAAAAUUAAAAAAAUUAGUGGGGGUAAAAGAACCCCAAGGGAUAAACUUUGGAAAGGACAAGAGAACUUUGAGCAAGAAGGAUUUGGGGAAAAGAGUCUUUGUUCCCUCUGAUCCCAAUUUGCCUUUGUUCGAUCAAUGGUUGGACAACACUGUGGCGCCGCUUAUCGAUGUGGUUUCCAUGCUGCCAGAGGAGCUCGCCGCGGGUCAGGUUGAGUUUUAUGAUGGACAAUAUGAGUUUUUUGAUGAACAAUGUGAGGACUACGAAUACCACAAUGGACUUGCCCCUACUUCUAUUCAAAGCGAGGCAAAUUUUGGCAUUCGUGAGAAACUCAGCCGGAGUCGCUUCAAGAUGACAAUUGGCAUCAAGACGGUUCUUAGAAAGACUCCAAAAUGGCCCCAGAAGUUCCGGGCUGCUAUCAAGGAUGGAAAUGGCUGGCGCUCUUUUUUUCCUGACAGAUACUUGCCAAAGCCCCGGGAUUGGAGCGAGUUUUUUUCUGACGACGGAAGAUCAAAUUAUGAUCUGGAGUGGCCCUAUGAUUUCAAUCCGGUAAUCUACUACCAUGUCGAGAAUUUCUUGAAGGCUAGCAAAAAUCGGGCUACCGAGUCGGGGAGUAUUGACUUGGUGGAAUCAAAGGUAGAGGGCUUGGAAAAGGCAGAAGGCACUCAACCUCAAACUGGAAUUCAGGGUAAACACGAGGUCACUCAGGGCUCCCCUUGCAAUUCUGAACAGACGGCAAUCCCCAUUAUUCAAGGAGCAAAUUUGGGAAUUGAUGAAGGGGCAAGCACAAAGACUUUCGCAGAUGUCGAGUCAAAUGAAGACCCUGGUUGCUGUGCUUCAGGAAUAAUCUUCUCCAAUGAAUGGGCCUCUUCUGAUGGAGCUGUUUCAUUAAAAAGUGGGAAGCUUUCUGCUCAUGAAUUUCUGCCAAAGGAAUUCAGGCUCAGAAGCAGGGGAAGCCUUCUUGAAGGAAACGACUCGAGUGUGAUUCUUUCACCCCUAAAUUCAGGGAUGUCCUUAAUUUCUCCUUUUCUAGACGAGAAUUUGGACUCCAAAAGCUUGGGGACAGAAAGAUCAUUUUCCCCUAUGAAAACUUUGGAUGGCAAGACACCAGAGGAGCCAUUGAUCCCAAAAGCUGCCGACAGCUUGCCAAAAUCCAAGGGAUACGAGGAACCUGGCGCUAUCAAAGGGCCAUCAAAGACGUUAACUCUUUUUUCAAAGAUCUUUUUUCCAAACGCUGCUAACGUUUGUGACGAGGCGAGAGAAAAUGAUGGACAGGUAGCCAGUUCUUGGGUUAAGUCUCAGACUUCCAAUACUGACAUCAAGUUCACUGCAGAAGGCCACCUGAACUCAGAGAAAUAUGAGUUCGUGGCAAAGGAAAAUAGGAAAGCUGAUAAUUGUUGCUCCAAUGUCAUUGCUGGUGUUCUGAGCUCAAGAAAUCCUGUCAUCGGAAGCUUGUUUUUCGAAAAUGUGGAUAAAAGUGAGGUUAUUGAGGAAAUCUAUACUAAACCAAUCCAUGUUGUUCGCAAUUCUGGCACGCCAAUUGCAAAUGGUAUGGCUCACCGGUAUGUUGAAAAGAUCAAAGCAGGCAAGCAAGACAAAUUUACCCAUGAUGGCGUCAAUGACUCUGAAAGAGAUUUCAAAGAGGGAGGCUUUUCUGGAGAUGGUAUUUUAAAAGAAGAUACCAACUUUCCUGAAAGCCUGUGCUCUACUGAGAUGGUAAAAGAGACUGCAAAUUUCAAGGGUAGUAAAAGACUUGUUACCGUGGGUGCUUCUCAAUCGGAGAGACUUCUUGAGUUUGAGCUUCAAAGCAUUGACUCAUAUCAUAGGCAGAAAAGAAGUGUUUCUAAUGUUGAGGAGAUUAAAAGUCUCAAACAUCUUUCUUCUGAGGACUUGGCAAAAAAGUUCAACGGUUCUGCCUAUAAUCCCGUGACUAAGAGUGAAGCUUAUUCGCAAACCAAAGAGGCUUCUGAUUUGUCGGCGGAUGUCUCGGCUCUUCUUUCGGACCAUGCUUGCUCUGAAAAGUUAGAUAACACGAAGCCUGGUUGGAAAGUCCCAGAAUCGAGCAGUGCUUUGUUGCCACGAAUUCCAGAAAUAAAGAACUGUGAUUCUUGUGGAAAUCAGAAAGCUACAACUAAAUCAGUUGAAGUAACCUCCGAACCAAAUUUUGGAACUUUGAGAUCUUUGGCCUUGCCCAAAAAGUCUCAUUGGAACGAUAUCCCAUCUGAUUCGGAAAAUUUAUUGAUUACUUCGGAAUCGGGCACUUUGAGACCAAUCAGAAAAGAAAAGGCUCCAAAAAAACCAAAGGCCAUCAUCAAGGUUGUUCUCUCGACCCCAGAACUGCCUAUGCAGACUUCGUCUUCUUCGAAGCCAAUAGAGGAAGUUGGGGCAAAACCUGAGAAAAAACCUCAUUUGGACUCUCUUCUGCGUAUUCAAGGUAAGUCUUUAUGGCUGACUCUUUUCCCAGAUGGUAUAUUAAAGCCUGGGGAUAAGGAUAUAUCUGAGGGAAGUGAGCUUUUCAGUAUUUGCGAUGCUAGGCGGAAUAUUCCGCUCAUGAGUGAUAUAGUUGCUUUGGGGCCUCAAGAUCACUUUUUUGGCACUUCCGUGAAAGACUUCACUGAUCUUAGCUCGGAAACUUUAAAGCAGCCACUCGCUGAAGAAGACAGAAAAAAAAGGGAGAGCAAAUUGUGGAAAAAAAUCGACAAUUGUAGGGCUACUGUAAACAGUCUCAGGGGUGAGUAUGAUUUGAAACAGAUCAAAAAUUUGAUCUUUCAAUUCUCGGAUUGCUUCAAGUUUACUUGGGACAAUUUUUCUAGUGUUGCAACAAUGCAGAUGCUUGACUAUUUUGACUGGCUUCUCAAAAACAAAAAGAGCAUUGACUUUGCAUUCAACCUUGUCUGCACAGCUAGUGAAAUGACCAGUUCUUUUAUUCGUAUCAUCAAAGAUACCAAUAACUCGGAAGAGAAUUUGGAAAUAGUACUCGAGGGGUUGAAUCAUGUCUUAGUUUCUCUUUCGGAAGCUUUUAUGAUUUUGGAUCAGGUCCAAGAUGGUAUUCUCCAGAUGAGACAAGAUUUCCCCAACUAUGUUCCAGCUAUGGUAAACGCAGCUCAGGUUGCGUUAAUUAGUAGCUUGGAUAUAUCGGAUGCUUACAAUGAUCUUUGCUCGGUCAAAGUUAAAGAGACUGUGGAUAAAUUGGCGCUCAAUGAACAGAGCGGAUACAGCCAAUUCGUCAAGAAUAUGGACUGGUUGACUGCGAGAAAAAACAUUGACUACGAAUCCAUUUUUGGUGCCGCCUUGAAUGAUUUGCAAAAGGCCUUUCACGUUGUCGAUGAUGGACGUCAAAGUGUGGAGGAAUUGAUCAAAGACAUAUUAUUGAAGGUCGGCGAUUAUAGGGCUUGUUGUGAAGCAUAAAGACAAAUAAAGAUAACAAGAAGCUCAAACAAGAUCAAAAAAAAAAAAACGAUCAAAAAUGAGCGCUGAUUAGAAAUACGGAGAUAAAAAAAAAAAAACAUUGGUCAAAGAACGAUCAAAAGAAAAAAAAAAUCAAAAAAAAGAGAUCAAAAAAAGAUCAAAAUUAAGUGGC